CAUGUACCACCGUGUGAUAAAACUGUCUACACGUCUUUCAUUUUGUCUCUACGUAGCUUGACCUUACACCUCCAGCAGGCUUGCAAAACGUCUGUUGAAAUGGAAGAAAGACUUGAUAAGCUCGUUUCUGAAUCGACUCAAGACCCUGCAAGCUCCGAUCUGACUAAGGUAAACGAGCAGAUAUUAAACAUUGGUCAAGAGAUAGAGAAAAUCAGCAUGUGUUGGCACGAAAGUCAAAAUAGACUUGAGGAAAUUACUUUUAGCCCAUCUGAGGAGAAGACAAAUAUCGUGGAAAAAAAAACAAGUGGGAGCUUGGUUGAACAAGAAGAUGUGCAUGCUCGGAUAUUCAACUUGAUGGAAGAAGCAGAACCUGUUCCAGACCAGAUGUUUGAAGGAGAAACAACGUCUGGUCGUGAAGAUGAAAAACAGAAUGAAUCAUUAUUAGGAAGAGAAGAAUUAUUUAGAGAGGAAAAAAUGAGAGAGGAAGGCAGACAUCUUCUUAAGGAACUGAAGUCUGUUUUAGCAACGAAGGAUGGGGAAAAAAUGGUCGGAAUUCCAAGGGUUUUAUUGUUAAAGAAAUUCGGCGCUGUUGAGGGUGAAGACAAUGGAAGAGACACAGCUGAUUUUGAAGAGAUUGAAGAGAACGACGCUCGAUAUGGAGUCGAUAUGAAAAGUGGUAAGAAUGAAAAAGAAUCAUGUGUUGACGGUUCAAGUGAUGAAGAACAGGCUGGUACAGUUCCAGGAGAGGCAAAUAUUUCUCAGAACAAUGAGCAAUCAUUUCCAUGUAAUGAAAAUGGAGAGAAUGAAAUGACCGGAAUCCAAGACGUCGUUUGUAAACCAUCAAAUGACCGUGGUGCAGAAGAACGGGCAUUUAUGGGGCCAAUGAGUUAUGGCGCUAAUCCGUUUGCAUCGAUUGUAGCAACAGCAGCUGCAGCGAGGAACAGACAAUUUGGUGUGACAGAACAGUGCUAUGAAAUCGAGGCUGAAACAUUUAGUGACGACAGUGAUACAGGUUGAUACAAAAAUUAAAUUUAU